UUAAACAACUCUGUCUUCUUUACUGCCAUAUGUGUUUUUAGUGGCUGUAGUUUUAAGUAAUUUUUAUGCAACUAUUUUUACAAGCAUUUCUUUUGUAAAAAUUCUUAAUUUAUCAAAUAAAAAACAUGAGUUUCCUUAACAAAGAAGAACGAGCCAAAUGCUGGGGACAUCGUGAUGAAUACUGGAAAUGUUUAAGUGAAAAUGCACCACAACAUAGUUCGACAUCGGGUGAAAAAGUACCGGAUGCCUGUAAAAAAUUGCGCAAACUUUUCGAGACCAGUUGUCCGUCGACCUGGGUAAAACAUUUCGAUCGUAAACGUACCUAUGAACAAUUUAAGGAGAAAAUCCAACAGGGCUAUGAUCCUUUAGAUGAAAAGGCACAAAAGACGGGACAAUAAGUCCAAAAAUUAUUGUAUAAGAAAAGCUAUUGUUAAUAUGUUGAUGUUUUCUAAUAAUUUAAUAAAAAAUCUAUAUUAUACAU